UUACUUUAGUAUAAUUUUCAAACCUCAAUAUUACACGAAAACAUUAAAAUUUUAACCUUAUAUUGUUGUACUAAGGCAUAAAAAAAAUUAUAUAUUUACUUAGCCAAAGUUUCAUAAAGAAAGUGACUCAACAUGAAGAAAAAAUUGUUGAAUUAACUUUUCAUACAUUUAUCUUUCUAUUUAGUGUGUGUUUUUAGACAAAACUAGUAAGAAAUAUACAUCCAUAAACACCAUACACCACCCUUCACUUACAAAAACAACAACUACUGAUCAAUUUUGCUGUUUAGCUACAAAAUUUGGUACGUAGUACUGAUUUGAUCAAACAUGUCUAGUCUUUGUGGAGGCGACGACAUGUCUUCAGCUAGUGAUCUUCCAUUUUUAGGCCCAAGAAAUAACAUGGAACUUCAAGAAUUUGGAAGAAAACCAAGGCACAAUGUCUCUAUCACACUAGGUGAGCUAUUGAAACGCUUUGGCGACUCUGCUGAGGAAAAAAACCAAGUUCUUGAACUUGGAAAUAUCUCAAAUUAUACUACUUCUCCUUCAUCAUUUCCCUUUGUUCUUUCCUUUCACAACCUAAACUAUAGUGUUAAAGUCAAAAGUAAAAUAUCACUUCCUAGGUGGUUGAGGAGGGGCGAUAAAGACGAUGAAUUGUCAUCCGAUAAGGUGUUGUUGAAUGACAUAUCAGGAGAAGCCAGAGAAGGUGAAAUCAUGGCUGUUCUUGGAGCUAGUGGCUCGGGAAAAUCAACGUUGAUUGAUGCCCUUGCAGAUCGAAUAUCAAGAGAGAGUCUAAAAGGGAAUGUUACUUUGAAUGGUGAAGUUCUUGAAUCAAAGCUUCUCAAGGUUAUCUCAGCGUAUGUUAUGCAAGAUGAUCUUUUAUUCCCAAUGUUAACAGUUGAAGAAACACUCAUGUUCUCAGCCGAGUUUCGUCUUCCAAGGACUUUAUCAAAGUCCAAGAAGAAUGCUAGAGUUCAAGCGUUGAUCGAUCAAUUAGGCCUUAGAAAUGCUGCCAAGACAGUGAUUGGUGAUGAAGGCCAUAGGGGAGUUUCUGGUGGCGAAAGAAGACGUGUUUCUAUUGGUAUCGACAUAAUUCAUGACCCUAUUGUCCUGUUUCUUGAUGAACCAACUUCAGGACUUGAUUCCACUAGUGCAUAUAUGGUGGUAAAAGUCUUGCAAAGAAUAGCACAAAGUGGUAGUAUUGUGAUCAUGUCAAUUCAUCAACCAAGUUAUAGAAUUUUGAGUCUUUUAGACCGUUUAAUCAUCCUUUCGCGUGGACACACAGUCUUGACUAGCCCUCCUUCAUGUCUACAACAAUUCUUUGCUGAUUUUGGGAAUCCAAUUCCUGAAAAUGAAAACAGGAUAGAGUUUGCUUUGGAUUUCAUCAGAGAACUCGAAGGAACUCCAAACGGAACCAAAACUUUGAUGGAAUUCAAUAAAAUAUGGCAAAGGGGAAAAAACUCAACUACUAGCACUAGCAGCUUUUACAAUGGACCAAAACCAUCACUUAAAGAUGCCAUAAGUGCAAGUGUUUCAAGAGGGAAAUUAGUCUCAGGAGCAACGAAUAAUAUCGACCCAAAUCUCUCUUCUUCAAACGUCCCGAAAUUUGCUAAUCCAUUUUGGGUAGAUAUGGUUGUGAUAGCUAAAAGAUCAAUGCUGAAUUCCAUGAGAAUGCCUGAGCUGUUUGGUAUGCGUUUUGGCGCUGUCGUUGUCACUGGGAUCAUCCUAGCCACAAUUUUUUGGAAAUUAGACAAUUCACCAAAAGGGGUUCAAGAAAGGUUAGGCUUUUUUGCAUUUGCAAUGUCCACAACUUUUUACACUUGUGCUGAAGCCAUUCCUGUUUUUCUUCAAGAAAGGUAUAUUUUCAUGAGAGAAACUGCUUAUAACGCUUAUCGCCGUUCCUCUUAUGUUGUUUCACAUGCCAUUAUCUCACUUCCUUCCAUAUUAGUCCUCUCCAUUGCCUUUGCUGUCACAACAUAUUGGUCAGUUGGACUAGCCGGUGGCGUUUCUGGUUUCCUUUACUUCUUGCUCUUCUUAGUUGCCUCAUUUUGGGCAGGGAGUUCAUUUGUCACAUUCCUCUCUGGUGUCAUCUACAACAUCAUGAUGGCCUACACAGUCGUGGUCGCGGUCUUAGCUUACUUCUUUCUCUUCAGUGGCUUCUUCAUUAGUCGCGAUAGAAUACCUCCUUAUUGGAUAUGGUUUCACUAUAUGUCCUUAGUGAAAUACCCUUACCAAGGGGUGUUACAAAAUGAGUUUUCUGAUCCCAACAAGUGUUUUGUAAAGGGUGUCCAGCUUUUCGACGCCUCGCCAUUGAGGGCUGUCCCUGAGGCCUUGAAGAUCAAGUUGUUGCAAAACAUGAGCAAGACAUUGGGAAUGAAUAUAACAAACACAACAUGUUUGACAACAGGAUCAGAUAUAUUGAAGCAAAGUGGUGUGACUGAUUUGAACAAAUGGACUUGUUUUUGGAUCACAAUUGCUUUGGGAUUUUUCUUUAGGAUUCUCUUCUAUUUUGCUUUGUUGGUUGGAAGCAAAAAUAAGAGGAGGUGAAAACCUACGUUACGUUUAGCUCAGACUCUUCAGAAAUGUCAACGGUUAUUUUUGAAGUAGUAUCGAAAGUGAAGAGUAAAAACAAGAUGGAAAAAAUAAUAAUUAAUCUCACCAUAAUUUUAUUUAGUAGUUCUCUUUUUAAUCUUAAUUUUAAUUGAGUAGCUCUUUUCUCCUAUGUUUUCUAUGCUUAUUUUCAAAUGUUCAAUAUAUGUUGUUAAAUAAUGUU